AGUUACAACGACGUAACGAAUGGGAAUUCCGUAUAAACGGUUCUUGCGUUCUCUGUAUCCGCCUUUUUUAUUGCGUACAAGCGCACUUACGUAGAGAAAUAGAAAGAAGGACAUCGGUAUCAUUUGGAAACACCUUCGCAAGGGAAUUUGUGUAACAAAGUGGAUAAUUGCAGGAAGUGCGCAAAAUGGACAACAGCAAAGAGCUAAUGUUGAACCAAUACAUCAAAAUCGAAUUAAUGGAAGACAACCUUCACCUAUGAAUGUCCCAAUGUCAGUUUUAGAACAAUUUAGAGAAUCAUGGUUAACUGCCAUCAUUGGAUCUAUUUUGUUUGCAACUGGGAUGUGCCUGUUGUUUUGGAACGAAGGAAAGGCAGUGAAAGUAGCGUACUCUUUGGACGAAGCUUUACAGAAUGUAGCAGUACUUUCAAAUCCAUUUAAGUUAUUACCAGAGUUUGAAGGUCGUUUAAUACAUAUUUCAGGAUCAUUAUCAAUAUCAGAACCACUGACUGAACCUGAUCAUGGCAUCAUUAUGUUAAGCGUUAAAUUAAAAAGAAGAGUACAGAUGUAUCAAUGGGUCGAGAUCGAAGAAGAAAGAAGUUUUGGCGGAGUAACGGAAGAAGAGAAACAUUAUUAUUAUACGACAGAAUGGAAGGAUAAGCUUAUAGAUUCUGAUCAUUUUUAUAUAAGAACUGGACACCAUAAUCCAAAAGAAAUACCAAUCAAAAGUCAAAUACAGAUUGCUAAUGAAGUUAAAAUUGGAGCCUUUAUUCUUGGAUUAGAAUUAAAGAAGAAAUUUAAUGAAUUUGUCGAGAUUACUAGCGACGAAAGACCGGAACGUAAAGAUAUCAAAAUGCAUUCUGGGUUGUAUUAUCAUAGCACAGACUUGUGGAAUCCCCAGGUGGGAGACAUUAGAAUACAAUUCUCGUACGCAGGUAAACAAGGUGAUAUUUAUUCUAUCGUUGGCAUGAUGGAGAAAGGAGUUAUUGUCCCUUAUAUCACAUCGCACGGGGAAGAUAUUUUACUUCAAAGGAAACACAAAAUGACAGUAGAUCAAAUGUUCCACUUGGAACACAUGCACAAUUACUGGAGAACUUGGAGUAUCAGAGGACUAGGAUGGUUAGUCCUAUUUUUGGCAGCAACUUGUUUGGCAAAUAUAUUGAAAACCCUGAUACUUAAUUCAACAUUCUUAUGUGGAAUAAUAGCAAUUGAGUCAUUAACAAUGUCUGUUUCCAUGUCCAUUAGUUUAUUAGUAAUUGGUUUUGCAUGGGUGUGGUAUCGGCCGGUAAUCGGCCUUUGCUUAGCUUUAGCUUCGAUUUUACCAUUUAUUUAUUCGACUUUAACAGCAGGAUCUCAGUCGCAACAACGUGAUAAUUAUAGAAGAUUGUAAUUUUAUGUCAGAUACAUCAAUAACGUGUAGUAUAUCUAUUUAUAAUGUCUUCUUCGUUUGAGCUAUAAACUCGUAGAGUUUGUAUGUACUUUACAUAAGCAAUAUUAACAAAAUGCAAUUUCAUUGUUAAUUAUAUAUAGUUAUUUAUUAAAUAUUUAAGAUAAAAUUUUUGUAUCAAAAUAGUCGUAUGUUAAACAUAAAUGUACAAAAUGCCAAAUACAUCAGCUUAUUACGCAUCAUAAA